CACAUAUGGGUCUCUCGGAUGUGUAUUCCGAAACACGUCAUCAGGCCGUUGCCUUGGGAAGCAAACAGGGUCAAAUACACACGUUGGCAAGUGGGAAUAUGCUUUCGCCAGCUGUCCUCGUCUCUUUAAUUGCAUCGCCAUCAACGACGCCGGACGCAUUUGAUAAUGGCCUCUAUUCUCGUUCCUUUUGCAUAUAUCGUCGUCGUGUUUGGAGCUUUGUUCAUCUUCAGUCACUAUUACCGCAAACACACAUCAGCGCAGACAUUUGAACCAUACUUUCUUUCGCAUCCAGAACGAAAUACCUAUGUAACCCUUCUCCAAAAAACCGACCCGCCGACUCCGGACGCGUUACUCAAAGCUGCUCUUGUCCGCCGAGCAGUCGCAGAUGUGUACAGAGUCAUUCGCAUCAGAGAAGACAAACCUGCGCUUCAGAAUCUGCUUCAAAAAGGCUCUGUGGGUGAUGAACUCUGGAACAGCCUGCUUGCCGCGGAAAGAGAACUUGAAGGCGAAGUCAUGGAGGUAGUUACCGAGGCAAACUCCUUCCUGGAUGGCUGGGGCCAGAUGAUCUUUGGGACUGCAAACGAAAUCAUUGCCAACGACAAAAUCCGGGCGACUCUUGAGCAAAUUCCAAAAAACAAGGCUGAUUUGGAAUUGAAAUAUGGCGUAAAGGCACACGCUUUGUCCACACUUCCUCAGCCGGCGUCGGCUGCCCCUUCAUUCAUUUCCCCUAAAACAUCAGCCACGUCCAUAAACACGACAAGCGCAAAGCCAACGAACGGUCUCCAGCCGCCACCCCCCAGCAACAGCGCCGAAAGUAUUGCCUCCAGUGACGGUGAAGGUUCCCAAAAAUCCCCGUCAAAAAGUGCCAAGAAGAACAAGAAACGGAAGUAGGACUUUGGCGCAAUAAUAAUUCCAUGUUACAUAGCAAAAGCUGAGAAAUUUACUGUAAUUGACGAGUGAGCGAGAAAUGUACAAUGUGGAAGGAGAGAAAUAGCGUGAAUGAGAUG